AUGGCCUCUAAUAACCGGAAUGCCAUCACUUUGGUUGAAACAGAUGAAGUCAACCACCCCACUGCGACGUAUGUCUACACAAAGUCUCAGAAACAGAGCCGCAAUGGCGCACAGACAGGGCGGAUUGACCACAUUCCUCCAACCACAGCACCCUCGUCAUGGUCUCGGGCCAAGUUGAUGAGUUUCCUCGGGGAUGUCUUUCUCCCGGCUGGAUACCCGCAUAGCGUUACUGAUGAUUAUCUCCCAUAUCAAAUAUUCGACUCCCUCCAAGCCUUCAGCAGCUCAAUCGCCGGCCUCCUAGCCUCCAGAGCCGUCCUACAAGGCGUCGGAGUCGGCAAUCCAACCGCAACCCCAACAGCAGCACUCCUCUUACAUACCAUUCAAGACACAACCUCCCGCCUCGCAACAAUCGCCUUCGCCUACCGCAUCGGCACAGCCCUUGAGCCAGAAUGCAAGCGGUACCGCUUCGCAGCCGACGUGUUUAACGAUCUAGGCAUGGUGCUGAAUUGUCUGUCGCCGAUGGUACCUGCUGGUAUUGCGAGAGUGGGCGUGUUGAGUGCCGCGGGCGUGUUGACGGCGCUUUGUGGUGUUGCGGGGGGGAGUAGUAAGGCGACGUUGGGUGCGCAUUUUGUGAGGGGUGGGAGGGGGAGUUUGGGGGAUGUUAAUGCUAAAGAUUCAUCGCAAGAAACUAUCAUCUCGCUCAUUGGGAUGCUAACUGGCUCCCUCAUGAUCAACCACAUAACAACUCCCAUCACCACCUGGCUCACCCUUCUCCUCCUCCUAACUCUGCAUCUAUCCCUGAACUACCUCGCCGUGCGCUCCGUACAGAUGACCACGCUCAACCGCCAACGCGCAAAUAUCCUCUUCUCGACGCUUCUGGGUUCAGACCCUGCUCUUUUAUUUCUUACCUUAAGCGGGGCAGUGGGAUCACUAUCCCAGCCACAAACUGACCUACAAGAAGAGAAAAGAAAAUGGAACCUUCUAACACCAGCACAGGUCUCCAACCAAGAACUCAUCUUCGAACGAGAUGGGAUACUAAAAUGGUACUCUAAAGCAGGACAGGUGAUUACACUUGGACACGCGAACAUCGGCAUACCAAUCAACCAAUUCCUCAACAGCACCGACCACAAUCUUUUACCCAACCUCACUAGCAUCUUCGCAAACGAGUCAUACAUCCUCUAUCUAUCGUCUGUCACCACCAUCGGUACUACUACUAAAGUGAAAUGGACCGCAAACAUUCUCCUAAAGCAAUCAUGCACGCCGCACUCACAGCUAAGAGCGUGGAUGCAUGGGUUACUCGCUGUGCGAGUGAUUUCUUCUUCGUUUCCAGUUGAUGAGAAAAAUGGAAAUUAUGGUGAUAAAGUACUACGAGUGUUGGAGCAGACAUUGACCUUCUUGAAUCACGGCAAGAGAUUUGAAAAAUAUUUAUCUGCGAUGGAAGAAUAUGGAUGGGAGUUGGAUGUUGCGUCGUUGGAGACGAGGCCGGGACGGAGGGUUUCGAUUGCUUAA